UCUAUACUUAUAACUUUCUCUUCCCAGAGCGGUAUAUAAUUCGUGCUGCAUAUUAUCCAUCGCCAUGCUUCUAAGACCGCCGCUAUUCACAAAGCUCACAAAGACUUCCCGUCUCAUCCGCCCUAUCCUCACCACAAGACAUUUCAGAACAACACCACUUACAAUGGGAGACGAUCAGCCUAAAAUCAUCACCGCUUACCCCGAGCUUACCGAUAUCAAAGCCCAGCACCAGAGUCUUCCAGGCAAGGAUGUGGACAUGGAUCCUCUUGCGGAGUUUACCAAACUGGAAACCUGGGACGAUGACGGCAAACCAUACUUGAAGGAAUACACUGGAAGUGGGAAGCUGAAGGGCAAGAAGGCCAUCGUUACUGGUGGCGAUUCUGGUAUUGGCAGAGCUGCAGCCCAAAUGUUCGCCCGCGAAGGUGCAGAUGUAACCAUCGUAUACCUUCCUGAGGAGGAACAAGAUGCCCAGCGAGUUAAAAAGGCUAUCGAACAAGACGGACAGCAAUGUCUUACAAUCGCUCAUGACCUUAUGCAGGCCGACCUCGCAGCAGAUGUCGUCAAGCAGCACAUGGACAAAUUUGGCAAGCUGGAUAUCCUGGUGAACAAUGCCAGUAAGCAAAUCAUGUCCCAGUCCAUCGCAGAAAUCGAGCUUGAAAACGUGGAAAGCACAUUCAGAAGCAACAUUCUUGCCAUGUUUGCCCUCACUAAAGCCGCAGUUCCUCAUCUCAAGCGAGGAUCAACGAUCAUCAACACCUCUUCUGUUACCGCCUUCAAAGGAUCAGUUGCUAUGGUCGAUUAUGCUUCCACCAAGGGAGCCAUCGUCUCCUAUACCAGGUCAUUGGCUGUGCAACUCGCCCCCCAGGGUAUCCGGGUAAACGGUGUCUGCCCUGGCCCCGUUUAUACUCCUUUGCAGCCAGCUUCUAGGCCUCCUGACAACAUGGAGGGAUGGUCUGUCGGCGGCCCUCCCUUACACGGUCGAGCUUCUAUGCCCGCUGAGAUGGGUCCGGCAUACGUAUUCCUUGCUUCAUCUGACGCAAAUGCUAUGACUGGCCAUUUCUUGCACCUCAACAACGGCCAGUGGCUUGGUUAGACACCAUUAAGAAAAAAUAAUAAAUAAUAUCGAAACGAUAAUGAGUGUUUAGCAAUUGUGGUAGUAGAAGUUCCAUAGUCACUGUCCAACUGUAUUUUGUCGCCCCAUGCAUCAGUG